AAACCUCUUAAAAAUGCGAGUUUGUUUUUUUGAAUGUUAACGUUGCAGUGAUGCACGCGAGUGUUGCUACAGGCGGCUAGCGGCUAAGUUAGCAACGGUGGGCUAGCUUAAAGUUGAGCAAAAUGCUACCAGCUGACACCGAAAACUUGACUAUCAUAGAAAAGUACCAUUUAGCAGAGACGUUACACUUAACUGCAACUCAUGCAGUUGUUAAUAUAUUUCCAUUGACCAGCUGAGCUGAUUGAAAACAUGGAUAAGAAAUCGACCUGGGAUCGCUUCUACACCGAGAGCAGCAGCAGAACCGCCACCUUCAGAAACUUUGAGUGGUUCUUUGGUUUUGAUUCUGUCCGAGACUUUAUCAUGCCCCUAUUGCAGACCACGUCCCACCCAGACACAGCACUCCAAAUCUUAGAUAUGGGCUGCGGUACAUCUGCAUUGGGCCCCUCUAUUUACAGAGACUCUGUCUUCCCAGUACGGGUCACUUGUGCUGACAUUUCCCCUGUAGCUGUGCGACUAAUGCAGCAACAGGUUGGAUCGAAGGCCAUUCAGCCUCACAAUCUGUCCUCGCAGCUUGAUUUUGUAGAGCUUGACUGCACACAGCUGGACAAGCACUACGGUUCUAACAGUCUGGACCUCAUUAUUGACAAAGGUACCACUGAUGCCUUGUUGAGGUCCAAGGAGGGGAAGGGUAAGGCCGCCUUGGUGCUGAAGCAGUGUUUACAGGCGUUGAGGAGUUCAGGAUCUCUUCUCCAGUUCUCAGACGAGGAUCCUGAUGCCAGGCUUUUGUGGCUGGAGACAGCUGCACAGCAUCAGGGGGUAGCAGCAGGUGUUGGAGUGCAGGAGGUUGGGGAGCUAAGAGGAGUGUGGUACUACUGCUACCAAGUGACUCCUCAUCCUGUUGAAAAGCAGUAAUUUCCUGCUGGACGGUCCUCGUAUCUGAUGAGUAAAUGAACUGUGUACGACUUCAAGACAACAGAUAGCUGUACACAUUACCUGUAACAAACAAAGCUGUUACCCAGAUUUACCCAGAACAUUACUAUCACAUUUACAUGCUAACUGUAAAUCUACAGAGCUGUUUGAUUCAUUAAUAACAUAAAUAAAAUGUACAUUUUACAAUGAGCUUAUUUAUUUCAGGGGAUUUUAUUUAAUAAGUGGUAUUUGUUUCAUGAGACUUAUUUUCUGAGUAUAUUUAUUUACAGAGUAUGCUAUCAACGAAAUAAAAAGUGCAUUGAAAUAAAUUAAUUUUGCACAGAAAGUAAAGAUGUUAGUGGUUGGUGGAUUAUUUGUAAUGAUGCUUCUUGACAGUAGAUCUAAACAGAUGGAAAUUCAGUUAUUUUUUUAAAAUGGGGCCACAUCCAUCCAUCCAUUUUCUGCUGCUCGAGCCACAGUUAUAAGAAAAACGCAUUAGUAGGAUGAGCAGCAGUGUUGAUUAGGGAGCUGGAAAAGAUUUUUUAAAAUGGUUUUCAUUAAAGUCUUAUUUAUAUGCCUUACCUAAUGACAAAACAAUUACUAUUUAAAAGUAUAAUCAAACCUUUAAAUGAACAUUAUGACAUUUGGAGUCGAUAUCUCCACUUUUUUCUGACGCUCUUGUAUUUGAAUCCCUCUCUUCAUCUUUCUCUCUCUUCAGGUUGUCAUUGUAAAUGAGAACAAGUUCUUUUUGACUCACCUGGUUAUAAAUAAAGGUUACUACUCUC